ACAUUAAUGAAUGACUGUACCUUUUUCCAUCUUGGGUAGGUAGAUGGCUUUCGGAUCUAGAAAAACACUAGAGUUUUGGGAAGAACAAGCAGGUUUUGAGGCUUUAAAGAAUCAUGAAGUUCGCCAUCAACAUGGAAGAGGACCAUGCAGUAUAUUUAUAUUAGAUACAUCUUUAAGUCUUGGGGAGGAAGGAUUUCAAAAAAUGAAAGAGACAUUUCACACAAUUAUUGAUGAAUACACAAACCAUCCAGACAUCGAUGAAAAUGUAGCUGUCAUAUUAUGUGGAAAACACACCAGAUUUCAACGCUAUUAUUCAAAUCAAUACAUGGAAAUAAAACAAUGCCUAAAUGAAGUUGAAUUUGGAGGACCAACGCCACUGACAGCAGCAUUCAUCUUAGCCACAGCGUGCUUAAGACGUGAAGUAGGACAUACCAAGAGAAUAGGAGACUUUCAUGUUCAUCCAAGAAUAAUUCUUAUUUCGGACGGUAGACCAACUGAUUUAAGUGCUACUGGUGAAGUUGAAGAUUCAUCGGCUUAUGAAACUGAAGAGGAAAAGACUCAGAUGCUUGAUUAUACGAGAGAUGUUGGAAAAGGACAUCCUAUCUUUUGCAUCCCUAUGGGAAGUAGACCUGAUCUGAUAACUCUAGAUUUCAUGUCUGCUCAGUCCAGGGGAGGGAAGAUUGUAUAUCCCGAAGAAGCAAGACAGUUCGCCAAGUAUUCUGAAAAUAUUGUAAGUUAA